GUUCGCCGAGCGCAAGUUGCGACGUUGGCGACGUUGCGACUUCGCGCGCCGCCCCAUCGCUCUCUGUCCAUGAGUCCGUGCGCCUGUGCGUUGUCGCUACGUUCAGGCUGGGGUGUCUUUACGACGGUAUUCGUUAGUAUUCGUUCUUCCGUUUCCGCGAGACGUGAAUAAGAGGAGGCCAAACGGGGCGUGUAGUGGGUGUAUGCGCUUACGUGCACACGUGCGGCGGUGAUAUCACUGUGUUCGCGCUUCUUGACCGUCUGCUCGAUCGUCGAGUCGGGUCUACGGAUAACGCGUCGUCUCGAGGCUCGCGUCUCGGCUCGGUGAGAGUAGCCUGUACGCCUGUAUGCUGAGUGUUGGCGAACACUGUACGCUACCGCUGUUGUUGGAUACCGUCAGCACCGCGGCCGGAUUAGUGCGGAUCUCUCGUGUAUCGACCAACGCGGGCUAACGCAGUUAGCGAUCGCUGUGUGUCCGCCACAGUUAUAGCGUGCGCGGGCGCGAGAGCGAGAGCGCAUAUAUACCGUAGUUCGGUGGCGCGCAUCGUGUGGCACGUGUAUGGCUUUGUAUCUUGUACACACGACGCACCGAACAAAGGCGAGCGAAACGGUCGUGUGCUUCCGGUUGUGAGACUGCUCGCCUGUAUUGGUGGUGUUAUCACGACGGUGCCUCGUCUCUUCGUAAACAGACUGGCACGUGUGUGGUGUCGCCUCUCGACCGAUCUCGAGUGAGAUCGUCGUUGGCGGGGUCGAGAGCAACGUGGACAUCAUUGAUGGGCACCAUUGAGUAGCACCAUCAGUAGCUCGGACUAUUGGACGUUUCCACUAUUGCUGUAUUUGGUCUCGGGCUAUCUGGACAUUUAUGGCGCUGGUAUUGGUGUAGGGACGGCUAACUGGUGGUGUCUUCCCCGGCGAGGUAACACGUGCUCGUUAGGUGUACUUCCAAGUUAGGUGGAGUCCGGUGCGCAAAGUGGGUGGAGGCUGCAUUGCGAGGCUGCCUUCCCCGUUAUCAGGAGCGCCAGGGUGUGAGUGAGGAGCGUCACGAGGAACGAGCGGAAAAAUUUCCAGAACAAGUCCUUUUCCAUAGCAGUAGACAAGUUGUUAACAUAGUUAUACUUGUGUUAUGGAUUCCUAGCACAGUGGUACUCUAUACGAAAUGGCAUCAGAUAUAUUGUUAUAAGUUGAAUGCAGUAUAAAACACAAUUAUUCAUCAUGAAACGGAGCAUAGAUGGAAGAAAUAUUUCACAAGAUGAAAUUGAAGAGCAGGAUCCCCUGCAAACACAGUUGCCAUCGCAGGAUGAAGCAGACCCACAACAAUUAGAUCAACAACAGCAACAAACUGCCCAGCCACAAAUUCGUUUUUUAAGUGCUAAUGUAUUGCAACAAUUACAGCAGCAACAGGAUGUUCAGCAACAAGCGCAGCAGCAGCAACAACCGCAAGUUAUUACUCUGCAACAGUUGCAGAAUUUUGUGCCUUUACAAACUCAACAAGCACAUGAUCAACAGAGAGCACAAACAAUUUCUGUUCAAUCUCUGCCCCAUCAGUUCUUGCAGGGUGCUCAGAUUAUUAGUACUCAAACGCAGGCCCUUCAGCAACAGCCACAGCAAUCAAAUCAACAACAGCCACAGCAGUCGCAAACUCAACAGCAGCAACAGCAAUCACAACAACAACAGAUUGGCUACAAUGUACUUCCGCAAAUGCAAGCCGUCAAUAUAGAUGGACAAGAGGCUCUAUUUAUUCCGUCCUCUGCGAUAUCAGCGGCGGGCAGCCAUCAUCAAACACAGCCGACAAUGCAAUUUGCAACCGCGAAUGGUCAGCAAAUGCAACUAGCUAGUCAACAGGUGCAACUAGCCAAUGGUCAAACUAUUAUCACACCUCAACCUGUUAGCCUGAUAAGAGCGCCCAAUGUCUUUCCUUCGAUUAUACAGAAUAUCGCUGGACAAACAGUGCAAUUGCCAACAGGUCAAAGUGUACAAGUAAGGCCACUUCAAUUUCCUAUGCAACAUGUUCAACAAGCUGUGCCUGUGCAAGUACCAGUCACUGCCAGCAAUGGCCAAACCAUUUUUCAGACUGUACACUUUCCUCUUCAAACUUUGUCCAAUAUUUUUAAUGUACCUACCGCUACGCAAAUGAUACCUCAAAUCACACAAUUACCUCAAGUGGCGUCAAUAAUCGCGCCAAAUGGUCACAUCCAGCAAGUGCAAAUAGCCAAUAUACCACAGCUGCAGAGUCUCCAGGCGCAGCAACAAGUCGUUCAGCAACAAACUCAGCAACAGGUAGUGCAGUCGGUUCAACAGCAGCAGCAGCAGCAAGUCGCCCAAGCGCAACAGCAACAGCAGCAAGUACAAGUGGUGCAGCAAGUGAUACAACAGCAGCAGCAAGCGCAGCCAGGAGCGCAACAGCAGCAACAAUCGCAGCAACAGCAGCAGAUACAACAAUCUUCCACUCCAUCAUCGACUGUAGCAACUUGGAGCACAACAGUCGCAACUCCUAGCAACGUGCAGGUACUUGGUAUAAGCUCACUAGGAAGAACUGUAGCAGGAAACGCUAACGUAAUUACCACAAAAGACGGCCAAAAGAUCGACGUACAGACGUUAUCGACCCUGGCAAGAGCGCCAGAAACAGUCGAAGGUGACAUUAAAGUGACCAGCAUCGAUGCUAGUCAAUUAACCAGUGGCCAGGUAAUACAUAUCCCUGCUGCCCAGUCGACCCAACCUACGACGGUGCAACCUAUCACGAUUACAGGGGCGCAAGGGCAGCAAUUAACGCUCAUUCCGGCAUCCGCGCUAACAAAUUUGACUACGCAACAAGGCAAUGUGAUGAGGAGUGUGAACAACGGAAGUAUAAUGCAAAUUCAGCCGGCUACUGGAAUGAACACGACCAAUGGCUUCUUGCAAUCGAUACCUGUGCAGAAUAUUCCAGGCUUGGGCAAUGUGCAGGUGAUACCAGCGAGUGCGUUGCAACCCGCUACGGUACAAACGUUACCUGCCACUGCUGCUACUCCCAUCGUCGCGACGCCAACCGUGCAACUUGAUUCAUCCGAUUCCACCAAGUGGCAGAUUCUCCAGACGCUUCAGUCGAACGGAACCUUGACAACGACCACUCCUAUACCCCAACAACAACAGGUAUCGAGUGCGUCCAACCCUAAUGGUGAGACCGAUAGUAACAAGCAGCACCGUAGAAGAGUUGCGUGCACAUGUCCCAAUUGCGGCGAGGGAGACAGAAACCGAGAUAUGAGUAGAAAGCGGCAACAUGUAUGUCACAUCGCUGGAUGUAACAAAGUAUAUGGCAAAACGAGUCAUUUACGCGCUCAUUUACGCUGGCAUACUGGCGAACGACCGUUUGUUUGUACUUGGGUAUUUUGUGGCAAAAAAUUCACCAGAUCUGACGAGCUUCAGAGGCAUCGUAGGACACACACCGGCGAGAAGCGCUUCCAGUGUACGGAAUGCUCAAAGAAGUUCAUGCGUUCGGAUCACUUGACAAAACACGUGAAAACACACACGAAACUUCGAAGUACGGAAGCUGCUACUUCAACACAAGAAGGAUCUUCCGAUAGUCAGUCUUCCACCGAGCAAAAGAUCAUCAUAGCUUUGCACAAGGAAACUGAACAGUCUGAUAUCGUUAUUCCGGAUCAAAUAGAGAACCUGAAGAACGAAUCAACGAAUCACGUGGCAAAUGAAUAAAAGUUCUUGUAUAUAGUAACAUGGGAUGAGGAAGUAGUAAAUUAAUAUUAGUAACGAUUACUAGUAAUAUUAUACUAUCAUACUAGUGAUUGUUACUACUAAUAGCAGAUUAGUAUCAUUAUAAUACAAGUUGAACUGCUCUCUCUCUGUUUAUCUCGAACUAUACACAAUUCUCUUUCUCUGUUUACCUCGAAAUGAAGUUUCAUUUUUUAACGGAGAAUUGGAUUGUUAGAGGAAGGACAGAGAAUUGCUCUUUAGAGUUAAAACUUACAGAUUAAGUGAUAUUGAACAAGUUUUUAGUAUCUUAUAUUAAUAAAAAUUAAUAUUACGUGUCCUUACAUAGAUAUAAUUUAAAUUAAAUGUAUAUAAUUUAAGUUAGCAUUAGUUACGUCUGAAUGAAGUUUUCGAGUCUAUUUGUUCUAUGUAAAAAUCGUAAGUUUACAGAGAUAUUCAUAUGGUCUGUUCUUUUUAGCUGAACUGCUUUGCACUAUUUGCCUUUUCAGAGUGCA